AUGAGCUCCCAGGAAACACCGCAGGCCCGAAGGUUCCCCAUCGAGGCAGGUGACUGUCCCAGCCUGGCCGUGGCUCCAGAGGCUCAGGACCCGGUGGGUGCUGAGCACUCUCCCCACAGGCAGCUGCGGCGAUGCCCCGGGAGCCACUGCCUGACCCUGCCCCACGUCCCCAUUGACGUCUUCAUUGCCAUGGGAGGGAACUGCCGGCCACGCGCCACCUGA